AUGCCAAAAGCAGAUGCUGGUUGCCAUUCUCUAGUGUUUAAUGGAAAUAUUUUAAUAUCUGGGUGCGCUAGCAGAAAUCUUACUCGUUAUUCAAUUGAUGCCAACAAUUUCACAAAUAUUAAUUAUGACUUCUCAGAAUCUAAGAGAAAGAUUUUGAUUAAGGUCGAAAGGUUUUAUUUGAUUGAGUGUGGAAAAGGAUGGAUUUAUGAAAGCGAAAUUGAUGAUUACACUUUUUGAAAACAAAUAGGUAGGUCUAUAAUAAGCCAUAGCUGUCCUUAUCAAGCAUAUUGCUCUUAUAAUAAAAAAGCAAUACAUAUUGGAUUAAAUUUACGCAGAAAGCAAUAUUAUAAAUUUGAUCUAGAGCAAAAUCAAUGGAUAAAUACAAAUGAAGAAAAAAAUUGGAUCAGUAAUAAUAAAAAUUGCUUAAUCUGGUAG